AUGUACAGUUGGCGCACCUGCUGCCAAGCGGAUUUUUCCUUUCAGAGCUCACUCUUCAGUUGCGCGCGUUGCCCUACACUACGGUGUGGAUGGGUUGUGGGAGCUUGGCUUACAAUGGGCCUGUUGAAUGAAGCCUUCACCUUCAUUGAGUCCACCGACUGGAAGGACCACAACGCCCAGGUUCGCUUGCCAAGAUCAGUUGCUGCAGCUACUGAGUUGACACUAGUUGCUGCGCUGGCCCCAUUGAUCCCAAGUGACAUUUCCAUAGGGAUCGGUGAUCGCAUCUAUGCCACUGAUGCUUCUGGGACGAGGGGCGCCGUUUGCUCUACCGCAGUGUCUUCAGACAUUGCUCAGAUCCUUUUCAAGACUUGA